AUGGUGCACUGUUACAUUCUGGCAUCUAUGUCGAAUCUUCUGCAACAUCAACAUCAGUCUAUGGAGUCUGUUUAUGACAUUCUGGUAAAUCUCAAAGAGAUGUUUGGAGAUCAGAAUUGUGCGGCUAAGCAGACUUUCAUGAAAGCUCUUCUGAAUAUAAAAAUGGUUGAAGGUUCAUCUGUUACGGACCAUGUUCUGAAGAUGAUGAGACUUCUGAAUGGACUAGAGGUCCUUGGAGCUAAUAUGGAUAAGGAUACGCAGGUUGAGAUGAUCCUACAGACUCUGCCUGACAGCUUUCAGCAGUUUCACCUUAAUUAUAAUUUGAACAAAAUGGAUUUGUCACUUGUGAAAUUGCUGAAUGAGCUGCAGUCGGCAGAGACUAUUAUCAAGCAACAAGCUCCCCUGUGUCACUGA